UGUUUCUUUUAUUAGCGGAAGUUGUGGAUCAACACAUUUUUUUUGCAGGCGACCUUGCUAAAAGCGUGUUUACAAUUACCCUUGUUGUUUUUAAUCGUAUACGGGCCACAUGAGGUAACAGUUCGGGUCUGUUUGUACCCUUUCAUCAGCUUGAUAAUGGUGUCGGUCCUCAAGGCUGCGGUCGGCGGACUGAUGGACGUUUGCAGAGCUAACAACCACCUGAGGGGUUUCUUGCACAACCACCUAAAACUCUUUGCUGCAGGGAUGAAGACGUAUGAAAUCCCUCCGGAUUACAGCAAUGUGGUUCUUCCUGCAAAACCCAAACUGAAGUUUCUGAACAAGGUGCCAAACCUAAAGAAGGCCAAGAAAGAGAUGAAAAAGCUGCGGGAUAUCCAAGGUCCAGCGAAGGCGGCCAAUGCCUUCACUGUGGGACAGUACGCUAUUGUGGCGAUGGGUGGAGGGUAUCUCCAUUGGGGUCAUUUCGAGAUGAUGCGUCUCACGAUUAAUCGCAAAAUGGAUGCACGGACAACAUUUGCCCGCUGGCGCGUCAACGCCCCAUAUAAACCUGUCACUCGUAAAGGCCUUGGCCAGCGCAUGGGUGGAGGCAAAGGAGCGAUCGACCACUAUGUCACACCAGUCCGCUACGGACGUCUAAUAGUGGAGCUGGGAGGAAAGGUGGAGCUGGGGGAGGUGGAGUCGGUUCUCACUGAAGUGGCUAAAAAGCUACCGUUCCCUGCUAAGGUUAUGAGCAGGGAAGACCUCGAAGCUUUGAAAAAGGUCCAUGCUGAUAUGGAGCAGAACAACCAAAAUCCAUGGACGUUUAAGCAAAUUGUACAGGGAAACAUGUUAGGCAUUAGGAAAGUGCUGAGUCCCUUUGAUCUGCACAACCAUGGACGUUUUACGGGCAAAUUUCAUCUCCCGGGCAGAGUGUGACAGACCAGAGGUAGUUUUCCAAGUGCUUUGAAACAUUUCUGAUAACAAAUACAUUUUAAAAUAAGUGUACAUGUUAAAUAAAACUAUAUGUAUUGAAAGAAA